GCUUUUUUUUUUGUUAUAUCUUUACUAAUUAUCUCAUAUUAAUUUAUCUCUAUAUAUUCACAAAAUCUUUCGAAAAACCCAUUCAAAAUUCAACAACUGGGUUGGUAAGUUCGAUUCGUCCGCUAUUGUUUAACCCAGAAAUUUUUGCUAUGGAAACAGGAUUUUUCGAGCAUGACCAGCGUUUUCAAUCGGAAGAUGCUGUUACAGUGAAGAAUAAUUGGAAAUCUAUCCCUGCCCCGACGACAGGCAUUUCUGAUGAUGAUGGCGAUGAUUGUUUCAGUUGCAACAUAUGCUUAGACUCGCCAUAUGACCCUGUCGUUACAAUCUGUGGUCAUCUGUAUUGCUGGCCGUGUAUUUAUAAAUGGCUGCAAGUUAAAAGUAAUUCUUCGGAUGCUGAGGUGCAGCAGCAGACGAGUUGCCCUGUUUGCAAAGCUAGCAUUUCUUCUAGCUCACUGGUUCCGCUUUAUGGUCGUGGUACUUCCGGAAGUGCUCCAGAAACGAGUAAAGCCUUUCUGGAUGCAGUCAUACCUCGCAGGCCAACUCCUUCGUUGAAUACAUCCGUUUCUAAUACUUCACAUCAGAACUUUUUCCAUUCACAGGCACAACGGCAGUCAUUUCAUCACCAGCGAGUACUCCCCGAUCCUUACAGGGAUUAUGGGAGCAUGGCCUCAUCCAAUCUUGGUGGUGCAGCAAUGGCACAAAUUUUCAAUCCUGUGAUUGGAAUGUUCGGGGAGCUGAUAUUCGCGAGAACUCUUGGGACGUCGAACACAAGUUUGUUUGCUUAUUCUUACCCAAACUCUAAUGAUAUUACGAGUAGCUAUAGUAACAAUAAUAAUCCUAGGAUGAGAAGGCAAGAGUUGCAGCUUGAGAAGUCCCUGAAUAGAGUGACCAUCUUCUUUUUUUGUUGCAUCAUUUUGUGCCUUCUCUUGUUUUGAUUGAAUGAUUUUUUCGGUUUGUGUAAAAUGGCAAAGAUGAAUCAAUGAACAUACCCAUCGGGACAUAGAUAUUGUUACCAAUUCUUCUGCAAACUCAUCGGGACAUACCCAUCGGGACAUAGAUAUUGUUGCCAAUUCUUCUGCAAACUCAUCAGAUUUUCUGAGUAUUCAAUCUGCAUUUCUUCAUUUGUAAAUAAAACCAUUCUUUUAAUUGACAAGUUUCUGUAUUGUAUUUAACAUUUA